UCCUCCUCCUCCUCCUCCUCCCCGGGCAGGGCAAGGCGAGCGCAGCGCGGAAGGAGGAGGCGGACGAGGAGCCCCCCCGGGAAGGAAGCAGCAGCUGCAAGACCAGCGCCGGGGAGCAAGGUGGCAGGGAAACCAGGACGGAUCCAUCCGCAAAGGGGGGCCCUUGGCGCGCCAGCUCUCCCGCUCCCCCCAAAGCCUUUUGCACCUUGAGCCCCCCAAGGGGACCCGCCUCCCGCCUCGCUCGCCAUGCCGUCCAAUGGGGCCGUCGACACCAGAAGCCCCUCCGCCGACCGGGAUUCAGCCGACGCUCACAAGCAGGGCGAAGAGGACCCUGAUGAGAACCGCAGCAAGGCGGAGAGGCCAGACGCAGGGAUCCCCGCCAGGAAAGCAGGCCGUCCCGGAAGGAAGCGCAGGCAGCCCGUGGUGGAGAGCGCAGAAGCCCCCAAAGACACAGCCUCAGCGCCCAAGUGCCCCCCGCCUGCCCACAACACCAGCCCCGUGGAGCAAGUGCCCAAUGGAGACGUGGGGACGGGCAGCCCCGAGAACAGCAGCAGCACCACCACCGACCUGAAGGGCCGGCAGCCCAGCGAGGACGAGGCCAGCAGCCUCCCGGAGGGCGAGGUGGGGGGGCGGGCCUUGGAGAACGGCCGCUGCACCCCUAAGGACAGCCCCGACCCCCCUGCCAGCGAAGGCAAAGAAGAGAAGGAGGAAAACCACUACAACUCCCUCAAAAUGGAGGGAUCCCGCGGCCGCCUGCGAGGAGGAGGCCUGGGCUGCGAGUCGAGCCUUCGCCCCCGGCCGAUGCCGCGCUUGACCUUCCAGGCAGGGGACCCCUACUACAUCAGCAAGAGGAAGCGGGACGAGUGGCUGGCGCGCUGGAAGCGGGAGACUGAUAACCCAGCGGCAGCUCAGCUCGACAAGGCUGAGAAGAAGGCCAAGGUCAUUGCCGGGAUGAAUGCGGUGGAGGAGAUGCCCCCCAGCGAGCCCCAGAAGGAGGAGGAGGCCAGCCCCCCGGCCUCGCAGCAGCCCACGGACCCCGCCUCACCCACCGUGGCCACCACUCCGGAGCCCGUGGGGCCCGAGGCUGUCGACAAAGGCAUGUCCAAGUCGGCCGACGACGAGCCGGAAUACGAGGACGGCCGGGGCUUUGGGAUCGGGGAGCUGGUCUGGGGGAAGCUGCGGGGCUUCUCCUGGUGGCCGGGACGCAUUGUCUCCUGGUGGAUGACGGGCAGGAGCCGAGCCGCCGAGGGAACGCGCUGGGUGAUGUGGUUUGGCGACGGGAAGUUCUCUGUGGUCUGCGUGGAGAAGCUGCUCCCGCUCAGCUCCUUCUCCAACGCCUUCCACCAGGCCACGUACAGCAAGCAGCCCAUGUACCGCAAAGCCAUCUACGAGGUGCUGCAGGUGGCCAGUAGCCGGUCAGGCAAGAUCUUCCCCUCCUGCCCCGAGAACGACGAAACCGACACAUCCAAAGUGGUGGAGAUCCAGAACAAGCAGAUGAUUGAGUGGGCUGUCGGGGGCUUCCAGCCCUCUGGCCCCAAGGGCCUGGAGCCGCCAGAAGAGGAGCGCAACCCCUACAAAGAAGUUUACACAGAGAUGUGGGUGGAGCCGGAAACCGCUGCCUACGCCCCGCCUCCCCCCGCCAAAAAACCAAGGAAAAGCACAGCGGAGAAGCCCAAGGUCAAGGAGAUCAUUGACGAGCGCACCAGAGAGCGUCUUGUUUACGACGUCCGGCAGAAGUGCAGGAACAUUGAAGAUAUCUGCAUCUCCUGCGGGAGCCUCAAUGUCACCCUGGAGCACCCUCUCUUCAACGGAGGCAUGUGCCAAAACUGCAAGAACUGCUUUUUGGAAUGCGCUUACCAGUAUGACGACGACGGCUACCAGUCCUACUGCACCAUCUGUUGUGGGGGCCGCGAAGUCCUCAUGUGUGGCAACAACAACUGCUGCAGGUGCUUUUGCGUGGAGUGCGUGGACUUGCUGGUGGGCCCUGGCGCUGCCCAGGCGGCCAUCAAGGAAGACCCCUGGAACUGCUACAUGUGCGGCCACAAAGGCAUCUACGGCCUGCUCCGGCGGCGGGAAGACUGGCCCUCGCGCCUCCAGAUGUUUUUCGCCAACAACCACGACCAAGAGUUUGACCCACCAAAGGUUUACCCGCCGGUCCCCGCCGAGAAGAGGAAGCCCAUCCGGGUGCUCUCGCUCUUUGACGGCAUUGCCACAGGUCUCCUGGUGCUGAAGGACCUGGGCAUCCAGGUGGACCGCUACAUCGCCUCAGAGGUGUGCGAGGACUCCAUCACGGUUGGGAUGGUGCGGCACCAGGGCAAGAUCAUGUAUGUUGGGGACGUCCGCAAUGUCACGCAGAAACACAUACAGGAGUGGGGGCCCUUCGACCUGGUGAUUGGAGGCAGCCCCUGCAACGACCUCUCCAUCGUCAACCCCGCCAGGAAAGGCCUUUACGAGGGCACGGGCCGACUCUUCUUUGAGUUCUACCGGCUGCUGCACGAGGCCCGGCCCAAGGAGGGAGACGAGCGGCCCUUUUUCUGGCUCUUUGAGAACGUGGUGGCGAUGGGCGUCAGCGACAAGAGAGACAUCUCUCGCUUCCUGGAGUCCAACCCGGUGAUGAUCGAUGCCAAAGAGGUCUCGGCAGCGCACAGAGCCCGCUACUUCUGGGGGAACCUGCCCGGCAUGAACAGGUUGGUCAGAGGUCUGGCGCCAACACCCAGAAACCCGCCCGUGCCAAGGAAGCGGCCGUUGGCUUCAACUGUGAAUGAUAAGUUGGAACUGCAGGAGUGUCUGGAGCAUGGCAGGAUAGCCAAGUUCAGCAAAGUGCGAACCAUCACCACUCGCUCCAACUCCAUCAAGCAAGGCAAAGACCAGCAUUUCCCCGUCUUCAUGAACGAGAAGGAAGACAUUCUGUGGUGCACCGAGAUGGAGAGGGUCUUUGGCUUCCCGGUCCACUACACCGACGUCUCGAACAUGAGCCGCCUGGCGAGGCAGAGACUCCUCGGUCGCUCCUGGAGUGUGCCAGUGAUCCGCCACCUCUUUGCCCCCCUGAAGGAGUACUUUGCCUGCGUCUAAAGAGACACCCGCCCUCGGAACUGGCAAAGCAGAGGAGGAGGAAGAGGAGGAGGCGUCUCAAACACAACCCCCCCCCCCCGAACAGAAGAGAAGGGGCACCAGAGAGGAGGAGGAGGUGGUGGCUGGUGGGCAAGAGGGAGGGAGGGAGGGAGAGGACGGGCCCCCCCCACCCACGGGAGGGUCUACCACCCGCCCAUCCUCUCCCCGGGUCAAACCGCCCCAGACCAACCGACCAGCCCCCCUUUUCUGUUGGUGACCCUUCAAUUUCCUGCUCUUUCUGGACGGCUUCGCCUCGUCCGUUGGGUUUCCGCCUCUCCUCGGCUGAGCCCCGGGCACGGAGCCCGGCUGUCCGGGCGCCCACGGGCGUGUGCCCCCCCUGCCAGCCUCUGCAACUGAGGAGAGCCCAGAGCUGAGCGAGUCUUGGGGCGACAGCUUCGCCCCUGCUCAGUCGAGGAGCACAAAGGGAGGUGCCGGGGGGGGAGCUCCUCGCGUCUACCAGCGCCAUUCCUGCGGCGGAGGGUGGGGGCGCAGGCCCGGAAGCUGCCCGCCCCUCCCACCCUGCCCCCCCUUCCCCACAGUAUUUGGGUGCCUACCAGGCCGGAGACCUUGACCAGUCCAGCUCCUACAGCCGCUCUUACCUCUUGUUUACAGUUUAUAUAUAUGUGAGAGUUACGUGAGAGAAAUGUCUAUAUAUAUAUAAAAAAAGGUACUGUUA